AUCAUGUCUGUUAUCACUUUUGAAAAGCCCAUACCUCACAUUGGUUUAGCUGACUGGUUUGCAAAACAAUGGCAAGGCCAGCAGACCAAUGACACUCGUCGAAACGAUGCAUUCAAUUUACGACACGAAUCUAGGCAGCUGAGAAAUGAAACUAAAAUACGAUCAGAUUGGGAUACCUACCAUAAUAACUUGCGAUUGUCCGACAGAGUAACUGAGCUAGACAGGUGGAAACAGGAAUUGUGCCUGGUCGAGAAUGUGAAAAAACUCCUGAUUGAAAAAUGUCAGACUACGUGGGAAAAGUUGAAUAAACUUGAAGAAGUCAAGUUCCAGUUGAACCUAGACAUCAACGAUAAAAGUGAGGCAUUCGAAAUUGAUAAGGAUCAACUGACGUUGGAUAAAAAUUGUGCUAACAUUACUUUCAAAAUUGAUCCCCUGCGAACUGUGAAAGGCUCAAUUCCUUACGAAGCCUGGUUAGAGCACUCGCAGAGUACUAAAGAACUAGCGGAUAAUGAACUUGCAGAUACGCUCAGACUCAGAGAAGCUCUCUUUGUGGUUAGAGAACGAGCCAAAAAUGACAUGUUGGCCCAAAGAGAUAGGGUCGAUUUCACACUGCGAAAACGUAUAUACGAAACCCAAAAAGCCAGAAACGAAACUGAAUGGCAACAACUCAAGAUGCGAGAAGAGAUGGAAAAGGUGCAUAGGGAGAUUAGGGCGUUAGAGGAUGCUUUGAUGGCAACGACAGAUGCGCUGAAAUUGGCAGAGACUAGAUUGGAAAAUAGAUCAUACAGACCAGGUUUCGAGCUUGCCCGUGACGAAUCGGAAAAGGGAUUGAAAGACGAAGUAAUCCAACUCCGCCAAACGAGACAAGAACUUCAAGAUAAAAUAAAUUGUGCCAAGGCGACAUAUAAUGCUUUGGAGGACCAGCAAGUUAUCAUCGAUAAGGAGUUAGCGGACAAAAGUCAUUCCUUAAUGACGGACAUCAGAUGUUUGGACUUGAGAAUGAGAUUGAGGACUGGCGAAUUCGCAGGUCCCCCCACGUCUACUGACAGAAAUAUUGAGCUCACCAGAAUGGAGAAAGAAAUACCACCGAUAUAAUGUUCAAUGAGAUGAAACAAACCGAUAAUGUAUUCAAAAUUUUAUAUUGUGUUUUAUAAUGUAGUGAUAGCUCUGUACUGCCACUUGCAUUUUCAGUCACACUCAUUUCAAAAUAAACUGGUUGUUAAUCAGA